AUGCCUCUCCAGAUGGACCGCAUAAUCGCGCUGACUGAACAGCUCAGUCAAGGCGUCAAGACGUUGAAUCUUGAAGACGAUAAGACCAGGGCGAGGCUGCUCGAGGCUGCGUGGAGCCUGGCUCGAGCCCUGGAAACGCCUCGGGAGACUCUUCUGAGGACAUGUCUGCUUGAUAGUACCACAAACACUGUCAUUAAGGUGGCUUUCGACCUCAAGCUAUUCCAACAGCUGGACGAGAAACAGGCUAAAGGAACGGCUGAGCUGGCGGAAGAGACGGGAGCAGAAGAGGCUCUGCUCUCCCGUCUUCUCAAACACCUCGCCUCGACUGGUUUCAUUGGAGAGGCCGGUCCCGAUCUAUACAUUGCAAACGACCUCGCGCAGAUCCUAGCCACAGAGAACGUCCAGGACGGUUUCGAGAUCCAUCUGGCCACCUUGCGCGUCCUCCCAGAGUAUCUGGCCGAGCACGGCUACCGCGACCCCACGGAUGGUCUCGACUGCCCAAUGCAGAAGGCUUUCAACACAAAACUGCAUUCCUUUGAGUACAUCAAGAGGGACCCCAAACUGGCCCGCGGGUUCAAGGCCGCGGUUCUGGACCAGGCGGGCCUGCGCCGCGCGCACUGGGCUGAGCCCGAGUUCUAUCCUGUGCAGGAGAGGCUCCUCGCUGGUCUGAAGAAGGAUAGUGUUGUGAUGGUUGAUGUGGGCGGUGGUAUGGGUCUGGACUUAAGACUCCUGGCUGACCUUGCCGACACGAGACUCAUCCUCCAAGAUACGGAGCAGGUUCUCAGCGGAACGAACGAGCUCCCAGCCAGGAUCGAGAAGAUGCCGUACGACUUCUUCCAGCGGCAGCCAGUGGAGGGAGCACGCGCGUACUACUUUCACCGCGUGUUUCACGACUGGACCGACGAAAAGUGCCGAGAGAUCCUCCUUGCGCUCAAGCCAGCCAUGACGCGGGGUUACAGCAAGGUGUUGAUCCAAGACAAUGUCAUUCCCGCACAGGGCGCAACGUGGCUUCACACAACGUCCGACCUGCUCAUGUUGUGCGGCUUUGCCGGGAAGGAGAGGACCGAGAAGAAUUUUCGGGAACUCUUCGACAGCGUCGGCAUGAGGGUCACGGGGAUCUGGACCCGGGCGCCUGGUGAGGAGAGCAUUAUUGAGGCUAUCGUGCCGGAGUAG